AUGGGAAUGGCAGAGAAACUUCAGGAGUUCCAUGUACUCAUAUUUGAUCUGUCUCUGCGUCUCCUUGAACCCAGGACCAGUCUGCUGUCCUUGAUGAAAAUGUUGGGAGACUUUGAAACUCUACAUUUUGGCCUCGGUCUUGGGGCUGGGUGGACUCUGCGGGGUGGUCAGUCUGUGGUCUCUGUGAUUCACUCUAAACAUUCUCCUCACACACUCAAGGCGACUGUCAACGGGCCGUCAGUCCACGCUCGCACAUCCGACGAGACUGCCCCUCGCGGACAUCUGCUCACGCUGGUGCGAGAGGACGGCUUUUUAUAG